AUGUUAAAAUGCAUAACGUCACAACUUUUCCGUUUCCGUUUUACCAUCCUAGCCUUUUUGCCUUUCGAGGUUAUUAGAAAAAACACCAUUCUGCCUUGCCAAGACCAGUACUUUGUAGGAGGCCAGAGCUAUAAUUGCCAGUAUUCCACUCCAACGUCAGAAUCUAAUGUUGACGUUUCCAGGGAGACUUGGGUCUCUUUCUGGGCUUCUGGUCUCCUGGACAACAGAGAGCCCCAACAAGCACCACAGACACUGGAAUUGUCCAGUGACCCGAAUUUCCCUGUUCCAGACUCAUGUUCCUGGGAAGAGGACCAGCUUUCCUCUCAGCUCUAUAGAAAUAAGCAGCUUCAAGAUACUCUGGUGCAGAAGGAAGAAGAACUUGCUAGGUUACACGAAGAGAAUAAUCACCUCAGACAAUACUUGAAUUCAGCUUUAGUUAAAUGUCUUGAGGAAAAAGCCAAGAAAUUAUUGUCAUCAAAUGAGUUCUCCAAAGCAUGUGGGAAAUUUAGAAGUGGAAAGAGGAAGCCCAAAGAGCCGAGAUACCGUUCUCCUGAAAUUCCCCAUCUCAAAAAUGCCAAGAGAAACCUAUCUAGUGAACUUGCUACUUGUGAAGAACAACCUGGGCCCACUGUGGACCCCUGGGUCCUUCAAACACUUGGAUUAAAAGACCUCAACACCAUUGAUGACACCUUACCAGCUAACUACAGUGCCUUUUCCUUCCCUCCCACAAGAAUCUCUAGCACAUUUCACCAGUUUCCAGAUGAUGUGAUUGAUUAUGAAAACAUUCCCAGGGAGGGUAUGCUGACUGACUGUGCAGGCGACAGAACAACCCCCUUACAGAGCACUGCCAGCCAUAAGGAAGACAUUCACUUCCUUUCUCAACUUUCUAAACCUCCCGGAGGUCUACAAACCUUCCCUUACUAUACUGCUAAUGUGUCACCUAACAAGACAGAAAUGGCCUUUUCCACAUCCUUGAGCCCUCACUGUAAUGUGAAAACACAUUCCUUCCACCAAGGACAAGCCUUUGUGUGUCGAGAUGAGGAAGGAGGCUGGAAGUUUACCUGGGUCCCUAAACAGUCUUAG